UCCCGCCUGGGCUGGGCUGAUGGCGGGCUGGAGAGCCUGCGGGGCCGCGGGCAGCGCUGGGGAGCCGCGGUGCCCGGGGAGCAGCUGCGGUCAGGGGAAGGAGAGAGAGAGGGACAGACAAUCAGACAGACCGCGGUUGUGAAAGAAGAUGUGAAUGAGGUUGAAGACUUUGAGCGACAAAUCAAGAGAUGCAAAGAAAAGUAGGCAAAGAACUGUUCAGUGUUUGCCAGAGUUUUCUGCUGGACUGGAAUUACUAAGCAGAUACGAAGAUGCUUGGGCUGCCCUUCAUAAAGGAGCCAAAGAUUGUGCAAAAGCUGGAGAGCUGGUUGACAGUGAAGUUGUGAUGCUUUCUGCACACUGGGAAAAGAAAAGGAGCAGUCUGGUGGAACUGCAGGAUCAGCUUCAGCAAAUACCAGGAUUCUUAGCAGAUCUGGAAUGCCUCACAGCAAGCCUAGCCCAGCUAGAAGCAAACUUUGAGGAAAUGGAGAAUCAUCUGUUGUGUCUUGAGGAACUAUGUGAACAGUGUGAAUUGGAAAGGUACAAAUGUAUGCAGACAUUACAGCUGGAAAACUACAAGAAAACAAAAAGGAAGGAACUGGAGACAUUUAAAGCUGAACUCGAUGCUGAACAUGCACAGAAGGUUUUGGACAUGGAGCACACCCAGCAGAUGAAGCUGAAGGAGCGCCAGAAGUUCUUUGAAGAAGCCUUCCAGCAGGACAUGGAGCAAUACCUUUCCACAGGAUACUUGCAGAUAGCAGAGAGGAGAGAACCCAUUGGAAGUAUGUCUUCCAUGGAGGUGAAUGUGGACAUGCUGGAGCAGAUGGACCUGAUGGACAUGUCUGACCAGGAAGCACUCGACGUCUUUUUGAACUCAGGAAGCGAAGACAAUAAUGUGCUGUCUCCCAUGCUGGGGCCCGACUCCAACAGCUACGUGAGCGAGAUCAGCCUGCAGGUGCCGAGCCAGUCGGAGUUGCGGCAGAAGCUCUGUUCCCUGUCCUCCACCUGCACCGACUCGGCCAGCCAGGACGCCAGCGAGGGAGAGUCCCCCGUGGUCCAGUCGGACGAAGAGGAGGUUCAAGUGGACACUGCCCUUGCUGCUGUAACUGAGAGAAAGGGCGCUUCAGAUGGCAGUGAUGAAAGUGACUCUCAGACUAUUUGAAUCUUAAAACCAUAUCCUUUGAGAAUGACUUCUGAAUGAAUGAACAAGUGAAUGAAGAGCUUGCCUGUGUAACGAUUUGCUAACCAAGCGUAACAGCCAGAUCUUUUUACUUAGUAAUACUGCCUUUUUACAAAAUUGCCAGUCAUGUGGAGGUUGGUUUUUAAAGAAAAAAUUAUGCCUAAAGCACACACACUUUAACAGUAGUCUUGGGGCUCAGGGGAGCAGUAAAACUGUUGUAUAUACUAUGUAUAAGAGAAUUUAAGGGGAAAGGUAGAAGUUACUUUGACCACUAACCUUUAAAUGGCUGAUUGGAAGUACUUAAGAGUUGAUGUGUAAAACUGAACCCAAAUUGUUCCUUGCAUGUUUUCAGCUGCUGCAACUGAAGAUUUAGGAUCCAAACCAAAAUGAAAACUUAUUUUCUACUCUUUACUACCUACUGUCUGCCUCCUGCCUUUGUCUACUAAUGCAGCAGUGUCUACUGUUCUCACACUUCUUAUUCAGGACCAACUUAGUUAUAGGUGUUAAGGAAAAAAUAAGAAUCCAAGAAGGAGGAGAGAUGCAUAUGGAAAUGUUGCACUCCUUGUGGAGCAGGUAUCUUAGCAUUGUGUACUUACUCCUCUUUCAAGAUAAAAUAAAGAAUUUCUAUCCCAACCAUGUCUUUUACUUGAUUACACAGGUAUUUUAUCCAUGACAAGUGAACAGAGGAGCCUAACUCAGGAUAAAAUGUGGUUAAUAGGAGCACCAAUGUAAUGUGCUUUUCCAUGGCAACAUCUGUUUGACUACACUAGGGAGAUAAACCUGAGUUAAUUGUUAAUUAAGUGUGUGUAUUUUAGAACCUCAAGACCUAUAGGCAUCGUCUCAUUCCCGUUUUUUCUGCAGUCGUUUUUCUCUCUGAGGUCUGACCAUGUCUAAUACCUGUUGCUUGUCAAGUCUCAUGCUCUAUUUUCAGGGAUCUGCACUUCUUUGAGAAGGCUCCUGGCUCCUGCUCUUUCUGCCAGAGGGAAGGAAUAUAAUCAGAAACAGCGUAAGUAAAAGGAUGAGCUGUGAUGUAGGUCCCUUCCAAAGACCUGCCCUGACAAAGCCAAUGGCUGGGAAGGAGGGUAUCUCUUCCUGCUUGCCAGCUGGGCAGAGGCCAGUUUCCUUAAGGAUUCUCCUGUUAGCUGACAAAGUGUUUCCUGAUCCCUGCCUGGGAAAUGAAGGUUGGAAGCUCUCUACCUACAAUUAAGAGAUUUACUAUUCAACAAGGCAGCUGUUGGAAGAAAUUUAUCUUGAAGGAGCUUCCUUUACCCUCUCGCUUUCCAGAAGACAGACAAAAUGUCCAAAAAAGUUUUGUUUUUUUUAUUAAACCUCGUA